ACGAAAACCCACGAUGCAUAUCUUCUUAUCUUUUUUUUUUUGUGUGCGCGUGCUUCUACUCUCUCCUUGACUUGCACUUAGCUUUUCCCCCAUUUUUUUUUAUCGCAUCCUGUUGCUGAAUCCUCUUUUUUUUUCGAACAGUUUUGCCGCGAACUCGACGGAAAGUUUUCUUCUCUGGACAAAUCUCUCUGCUUUGUGGUUGGAUCUGGGGAUGUUGCUUUUCUCUGUUGUAGUGUUUGAUUUCUUGAUGUGGGUCUGAGUUUUUGUGAUUGAUCAGGGAGAAAGGUUCAACCUUUAGCGGUUUUUGCUUGGUGGGGAGUUUUCUGUUGAUUUGGGUAGCUUUGGUCGCCUAGAGGGAAAUCUUGGGAGAGUUCUUUGCUUCAAGUAUUAGGAUUUUCGGUGGACAACUGACUUGAAUCAAUUUCUGAGGUUAGGGUUCUUGGUAGGAUCGGUUUGAUUAUGGGUUCCUAUUCCCCCGGAUACCCUGGUUCCUUAGAUGGGUUUGAUUUCAAUAACCAGAUCGAUUUGCCUGGUUCAAAUGAAACCCUAGGUGUAGGAAAUGGAUUCUAUCUGGAUGACCCUUUGUUAGAUCUGGCCUCUUUAGAUGUUCCAUCUGCUCCUCCGACCACAAAUUUUCAGAAUCCUGGUACGGGUUCAUCAUCUCCAUCCGAUGAUAGCGAUUUCUCUGAUUCUGUUUUGAAGUACAUAAGUCAGGUGCUAAUGGAGGAGGACAUGCAAGAGAAACCAUGUAUGUUUCACGAUGCAUUGGCUCUUCAAGCCGCUGAGAGAUCUCUUUAUGAGGCCCUCGGGGAGGAUUAUCCGUCUUCUCUGGACCAGCAGCAGCCUCCUUGUCCCAACCAACCCGCUGACAGCCCUCACGGAUCUUGGUCCGGUGGAUCCAGUGAUCAUGGUGCUUCUAGCACGACCACUUCCUCUGAUUCACACUGGAGUUUUGAUGGUUCUGACCAAAGGCCUUCAUGGUUACAGACUCCGGUCCCGAGUAACUAUGUUUUCCAGUCUACUUCUAGGUCCAGUCCACAGUCUACAACGAGUUUCUCGAACAACCUCGCAGGUGGAGAUAACAAUGGGAUUUUCGGGUCUGGUUUCAGUGGUGAUUUGGUUUCUAGUAUGUUCAACGAGAGCGAAUUGGUUAUGCAGUUCAAGAAGGGGGUAGAGGAAGCUAGUAAAUUCCUCCCUAAGAGCUCUCAGCUGGUUAUUGACGUCGAAAAUUACAUCCCAUCUUCAGGAUUCAAGGAAAAUGAUCAUAAGGUGUUUGUUAAGAAAGAGAAGGAUGAGAGAGAGGAUAGUUCUUCAUCCUACAGAUUGAAUGGAAAGAAAAGUCAUGGGCGCGAAGACGAAGAUUUGGUUGAAGAAAGAAGCAACAAGCAAUCUGCUGUUUAUGUUGAAGAAAGUGAGCUGUCUGAGAUGUUUGAUAAGGUUCUGCUUUGCGGUGGGGGGAACGGGCAACCACUAUGCAUCCUUAACCAAACAUUUUCCAAUGACUCUGGGAAGGAAUCCUCAAACAAGUCCUCGAAAGGCGAGACAAUGCAGCAGAAUGUACAAGUGAACGGAACAAAGGCCCGUGGUAAGAAACAGGGAGGUAGUAGUGGUAGUAAUUCUAAGAAAGAAACUGCUGAUUUGAGGACCCUUUUGGUCUUGUGUGCUCAAGCAGUGUCGGUUGAUGAUCGUAGAACUGCUAACGAACUACUAAGGCAGAUAAGGCAACAUUCCUCUCCUCUCGGUGUCGGGUCAGAGAGAAUGGCUCACUAUUUUGCAAAUAGUCUUGAAGCACGCUUGGCUGGGACAGGUACGCAGAUCUACACUACCUUGUCUUCGAAGAAAACGUCUGCUGCAGACAUGUUGAAAGCUUACCAGAAGUACAUAUCAGUCUGCCCUUUCAAGAAAAUCGCCAUCAUAUUCGCAAACCAUAGCAUAUUGCAUUUAGCUGGAGAUGCCAAGACUAUCCACAUCAUAGAUUUCGGUAUAUCUUAUGGUUUCCAGUGGCCUUCUUUCAUUCAUCGGCUCUCGUGGAGACCCGGGGGCCCACCUAAACUCCGUAUAACUGGCAUAGAGCUGCCACAACGUGGGUUUAGGCCAGCAGAAGGAGUUCAAGAAACAGGUCAUCGCUUGGCUAGGUACUGUCAGCGGUAUAACGUUCCAUUUGAGUACACUGCCAUCGCGCAGAAAUGGGAGACGAUCAAAGUCGAGGACUUGAAGAUUAAUCAAGGCGAGUUCGUGGCGGUAAACUCUCUCUUCCGGUUCAGGAAUCUCCUGGACGAGACGGUUGUGGUGAACAGCCCGAGAGACGCGGUUUUCAAACUGGUGAGGAAGGUAAAGCCGAACAUCUUCAUCCCGGCAAUCCUCAGCGGAUCCUACAACGCGCCUUUCUUCGUCACGAGGUUCAGAGAAGCGAUGUUCCACUACUCGGCUCUGUUUGACAUGUGCGACACGAAUCUGUCGCGGGAGGAUGAGAUGAGGCUGAUGUUCGAGAAAGAGUUCUACGGAAGGGAGAUCAUGAACGUGGUGGCGUGCGAGGGGACGGAGAGAGUCGAGAGACCAGAGACGUAUAAGCAGUGGCAGGCAAGGGCGAUCAGAGCUGGAUUCAGACAGCUUCCGCUGGAGAAGGAACUGAUAGAUAAACUGAAGCUGAAGGUCGAAACCGGGUACGACAAAGAUUUUGAUGUUGAUCAAGAUGGGCAUUGGUUGCUUCAGGGUUGGAAGGGCAGAAUCGUGUACGCUUCAUCUGCCUGGGCUCCUGCUUAAAUGGUUUCUUGCCCCCCAAGAAACCGAUUCUCUAGGGUUUGUGCUGUCCAGUUUCAUUCAGACAUGACUACGACAGAUUCCUGCGAGUUCGUUCACGUUGGUGCAAAAUAGGGUUCUUGAACACUGUAUGCUUGUGAGGUCGUGACGUAGUUUGUGUUGACUGUAACACAUUAGAUCAGGGCAUGAAAGCUAUGGCUUUAUGCUUUGUAUUUUUGCUUUUUGAUUGCCCGUCAGGUGUUUAAUUAUUAUUUCAUGAAAUAUGUUUGAAGGUAGUUGUCUCUCAUUUAAAUUAUUCACCAUAAAUAAAUAUAUCUGUUUUUAUAAUA